UCAAAGUUUGAUAGACAGGAUCGCUCUGGCAGAGUGGCCCCUCUGUUACUGAGCUGAACAGCUGCUGCAGGUCUGUGUCUCCACGAUAUUUAACUAAAAGGCGCCAUGGGAGAGUGGGGGUUCCUGUCGUCGCUGCUGGAUAAGGUCCAGUCUCACUCCACUGUGGUGGGCAAAGUGUGGCUCAGUGUCCUCUUCGUCUUCAGGAUCAUGAUCCUCGGGGCUGGAGCAGAGAAGGUGUGGGGCGAUGAGCAGUCCAACAUGGUGUGCAACACAAAGCAGCCCGGUUGCAAGAACGUGUGCUAUGACCAGGCCUUCCCCAUCUCUCACAUCCGCUUCUGGGUCCUGCAGAUCAUCUUCGUCUCCAGUCCCACCCUCAUCUACCUGGGCCAUGUCAUGCAUGUCAUCCACAAGGAGAAAAAACUGAGAGAAUACAUUCAGAGCCACUCACACAGCCAAAUAGUCAAAGUCCCCAAGUACUCAGACGAAAAAGGCCAUGUGGAGAUCAAGGGAAACCUACUUGGCAACUACAUGACAUCCAUAUUUUUCCGAAUUCUUCUAGAGGUGGCCUUCAUCGUAGGGCAGUAUUAUCUCUAUGGGUUUGUCAUGCAGCCGCUGGUUGUAUGUAAGCGUGCCCCAUGCCCCUUCACCGUGGAGUGCUUUAUGUCUCGGCCCACGGAGAAAACCAUUUUUAUAAUCUUUAUGUUAGUAGUGGCAUGUGUCUCCCUGGUGCUAAAUGUGAUGGAGAUCUUCUACCUAGCCUGUGCCCGCUCCAAAAAAAGAUCCAGAACUGUGGCCGCGUCCGCCCUGGCCCUCCACCCGCAUUUCCACAGCAACAGCCUCAUGCAGAACGACAAGCUUAAAGAGAAGGCAUAAAGAACUGCGUUUUGAAAAGAAGAACUGACUGCGGGACAAUUUUACCCCAUAGAAGAUACACACACAUUUUAAGGUCAUUAGUUUUGCAAUAUUUAAAUAAUAAUUUGCCCUCAAAAAGUAUAUUUGUGUCAAUUUGAUUAAUAUUGAUCUUUUUAAUGGCUUUUAGGGAAAAUGCCCUAUUUCAAAUCAAGACCACAUGUAGGCAGAGGGAGAGCACAGAGGUGUAGCAUGUGUGUAUGUACUUCAGUGUUUACACAUUUAU